AAUCAAACUCCACGUUCACUUUAUAACCUUAACAUCCUAAGAAUUGAAAAGACUAAUAUAUAAAAGGACUUGAGGGAUAUGAUGAGGCCAAAGAUUUACCUAUUUGGAGACUCCAUCACCGAGAUGUCCUUCCAGCAGGACGGCGGCUGGGGCGCUUCCCUCGUCAACCACUUCCGCCGCACCGCUGAUGUGGUGUUGAGAGGCUACAGCGGUUACAAUACACGCCGCGCUUUGGGGAUACUAAACAUGGAGGCGUUCCCGGUGGAGCCGCUGGCGGUGACGGUGUUCUUCGGUGCCAACGACGCUGCUCUUCCCGACAGAUCGUCUUCUUUCUCCCACGUCCCCAUUGAGGAGUACGAGCAGAAUCUGCGCUCCAUUGUCUCAUUCUUCAAGAAACAAUGGCCAAAGGUGAUAGUGAUCCUCCUAUCCCCGCCUCCAAUUAGUGAAGCAGCUCGCAUUCUAAGAAACCCGUACGGGAAUAACACGCCGGGGCUACCCGAGAGGACAAACGGAGCCGCAGGAGCUUACGCCCAAGCAUGUCUCCGAGUCGCGACAGAACUCGGGGUUCCAUCCGUCGACCUAUGGACCAAAGUUCAGCAGGUCCCGGACUGGGAAACGGCUUGCUUGAGCGACGGGUUGCACCUGGCACGUGCUGGGAACGCUCUUGUGUUCGCUGAGGUGGUCGAGGUGCUCAAGAAGCACGGAUGCGGGCCCGAAACCCUAUCUUCCGAUGGUUUCUGAUCAAGCAAUAAGUAUGUCUAUUACAAUAUUGUUUUUCGGAUUGCGCCUAAUUCGCCCCAACUCUGCAUUGUUAUGAUAUUGUCUCCUUUGGACACUUCCCAAAAGCCUAAUGCUAAUUUUAUUUUGUCAUGAUUAUCUACUUCUCAAACCGGUGUGGUACUUGUUUGUUUUACUAAAAUUGAAUUCUCGGCCAUUUUGCUUAUCCGA